UCUGUCUCGUUCAGCAGACGUAUAUCAUAGUAACAAAACAAAGCAGCAGUCUAGCUUAAACAAAACUACGCGAACGUUCAGUCCUCCUCUCUCUCAACGAACCCAAGUCCUUAAGAGCAUUUUAACGUUAGCUAUCUUGCUAAUAACUAACCUACAAGAAGCAGUUUACAUCUCUCUGAGGAAGAGUGAGAAGUCCUUGAUGAGAGAAGGCGUUUCGGAGCAUCAGCAUGGCUUUAGAUCAGCUCAGUGAUGUAGUCCAGAGAUGUCAAACAGUCAAGGAUGAAAGCUUUUCACCAGAGGAUUAUGAUUUGUUCACCGCUGCUGGAAGAACUUGCAUUGAGCAAGGUGACAGUGCUCAGGUUCUCAGCAUCCUAGUGGACGAGAAGAAUCAGAACAUAGUGAGAUGCAUGGGCUGGAAUCUGCUGGGACCUUUGGUUAAGAUCCUCUUAAAGAAGGAAGAUGAAACCCUUCCUCACUGCCAUGCCAUUCUUCUACAUCUUCUGGAGGUUUGCAGUCCGAAAGAGCUGCUGGUGGGGUUGUUGGAGCAGGUGGAGGAGGCUGAUUCUGGCUCCAUCGCUGAGAUGAUUACUCUUCUCCUCAAGCCUUUACAAACAGUGCUGCUGCGUCUGGGCAUGAAGAAGGCCUCGUCUGUGGGUAUGGCUCUCUCCACGCUGCUUGCGCAGGUCUCCAGACUGCCGGUGCCUGUCACAGCAGAGCAGGAGGAGGACGAUGUUUUUGGCUUGUGCCGCUGCUGCUCUGCUCUUCUACAGUUUGUGAAGCCCUUUGUUGAGGAGAUCAAGGAGGUUGUCAAGGAUAACAACAGAUUAUCCAAAGACAACGAGCUCAGAGUGGAACUGCUUAAGUUCUGUAUGAAGAGUUUAAGUGAGCCUCUGCUGGAAGUGCAGUUGAAAGAUACAGACACGCUCCAGAGAUCCCCCUUGAGAGACUUCGCUACAGAGAUUCUGAUAAUUUUGUCUGAUAUUGGUGAGUCCCUCCCUGAUUUGUUAAGUCGUAAUGUCCUGAGGAGAAGGAAGGUCCCAGGUUUUCUUGAGGAGGAAGUCCGAUACCCGAAAGAGUCACUAGCCUGCAUGUCCCACCUGCUCUUUGUGGAUCAUAUAGCUGUUGACAUAUUUCCUGCUGUUUUCAGUCCAAUUUUUGUUCUUCAGUGCAACAUGGAAUACAUCGAGUUGCUGUUAAGCAGAACUGAAGAAUACCGUCUGCAGAAAGGACUGGAACUGUAUGAAAAAAGUCUUGCAAGAGUUGAAGAGAACAGUCUGCCGGUAGAUCUAUUGGAGCUGAAGACAUUUUUUAGCGUUCCACAGAACUUGGUUAAAGUGAUGACAUUGUGUCCAGACCAGACUCUGAGAACUAAAGGCCUUAAAGUGUUUCAGCUGAGCAUUGACAAAUUCAACACAGAAGCUAAAUACAAGUUUUUCAGAGGUAUGUUGAAAACAAGUCAUCAUGCAGGAGUGGAAGGAUAUAUUAUCAAGAAUAUUAAGAAUCAAAUUGACUUUUCCCUCAAGCCUGGUAACAGUAAUGAUUGGUUUCUGGGAAAACAUCUGUUGCCUCUGCUGCGGUUAGUGCUGUGUCUGCCACUCGGACCUGAAACAGACCUGUUGCAGAACUUGGACAGGAUCAUGGAAUCAUUGAAUCUGCUGCGAUACAUGCUCAUCCGGGAUAAAGAGUGGGACAAUGAGACAGGAAUCUGGACAGAGCUUUAUAAGAUAGAGGACAACUACCUGAAGCCCAUGCGGACCGGUCUGAACAUGUCCAAAGCACAUUAUGAGGCAGAACUGAGGAGCACGAAAGAGAACAGGAAGAUGAGUCUAAAAGAGGCGAAAGCAUCAGUCUGCUCAGUGACUGUUGGAAAUGAGAAACUGCCCAAUAUGACACCAGAAACGCAGAUUCAGGUUCUGCAGUCGGCCCUCUUCACCUUCGACCUGAUAGAGAGCGUUUUGGCAAGAAUCGAGGAGAUCAUCGAGGCUAAAGACAGACCUCAGUCAUGAAGGAAGUCAUGCAAGAUCCCGUAUGACCUUCUCCAGGGUCAAUUUCAAACUUCUCCGAUUUCUUCAAGGAUCCCACAGCUAAUGGAAACGGAUGAUAGUUUGGUGAGGCCACUUGCUGUAAGGUGGGAAAUGGAGCAUGGACAACAACCGAUCCGCUUUGUUUUACCGUAUCUGUGUCGACUUUAGCUGCAAUCACUCUACAGUAGCUUAUUAUUGUAGUAUAUAGUCAGUGACAAAACAUCUUAUUUGUAACUUCUUUUUAAGAUUUUUGGCCGCAAAAACUAGGAUUGUGCAAAAUAGUUUGUACACAUCAGGUUACCAAUGUAGAAACCUUGUGUUGGGUCGCAUUAUUAACGUAUUUGAUAGUACAUAUGUUGUUGGAUUAUUAUUAUCAUUCGCUAACAGGCUUGAAAUCUUGAGCUUUGUGCGUAGGUAAGUCACACACACAAAAAGAAAACACUGUGAACUAUGCAACAAAAUUGCACAGAGCUGUUUGUGUCUGCAUCUUUCUGUCUGUGAAAUCACUGCUAUUCUGUGAGGGAAAUGUUUCGGCAGUGCUCUUCUCUGAUUUUGCUACGUUAAAUGAUCCCUCAGGCUUU